AUGACCUCCUCCAGAAUGAUCCCUUACGAGGGCCAGCUCCUCAACCUCCGCGUUGGAAACCAACAACAGCCCUUGAAAGUGUACCCAGUCAAGAUCGACUAUGACGAAGACUGUGUAAUAAUCUCUGGGCACACCGCCUACGCCCAAGCUCCGCUCGACUUUCCGCCCAUGCUUCAAAUCAUCAUGCGCGAUCCUCGUUACGCCGGCGACCUACGCAAGCAGUUGGGCCUGAAGCCGUGGACAGUGGAAUCUGAACAGCGCUUGCUCGCAUACAUGGCGACGGACGGGUACGACAAUGACAUCAACCUCUGGGCUAAGCAUCCAAGGCUGCUCUUUCAACACCUCCAUCAGGGCCCGGUGCAACACAGGGAGGCCUGCUUCCGGGCACUUCUGAUCAUGCUUCAAACAAAGGACGCAAGAGCCUACGAUCAUGCCUACAGCAGCGUCCAGGGCCUCGACGAGCCUGCACGGUCGUCUUUCCCAAGGUUCCUGGGUACUGUGAGCAUGGACAUAUCCACCCGUGUCUACGGACAGCCACUCAUGGUCUAUGGCACUGUCACCGAGUUCGUUCCAGGUUUCACCGCCGAUGAGCUUUGCGAGCAUAUCCCACGCCACCUAUGGCAACGCACCUCCGCCAACAUCGUCAGCACCAUAUACAACGUCAUCACCAACGCCACCAGGCUGCGCCAUGACAACCUUCAAGCCAAGCACUUCACUAUGUCCUACAGCUACAAUACGGGCGGUGUUGGAUCCCGCAUCGUGCUCACGAACCUCAAUGGUUUCCUCUGGGAUGGUAGCGACUAUUACCCAAGCUACAAGAUGCUCAUCGACCUGGCUAAGGCUCAGGGAAAUGUCUAUGACGAGCUUAUCCAGCAAGCCGACGACAAAGGACAGGUUCUGGAGGGUGCCGACCUCAUUAUCUGGGGCACAGGCACCUGA